CGCCCGUUAUCUCCUACCUCCGCUCGGACUCCCGAUCCAUCACGACAGAGCCACCGCGGCUGGAACCAACGCCGCGAUUCAUGCGACCCCUUGCUCCCUUCUCCAAUCUGUGGCCACAGGGAGACUCCUCUGGAACCUCUCGUCUGAUUACCAACAUCGCCACAAGAGAAACGCCCCGAUCUUGUGCUCGCGGACCUCGAGGAGAUCCACCGCCCGGAGCAACUCCGGCGGCUUAUUCCGUCGAUUUUGGACCCUACCAAAUCGAGCCCCUGGACCUCAUCCCGAAGCUCACCGGCGACCAUCCCAUCUCCAGCCGCACGCCCUCGUCACUACUGGACGCCUUGGAACACUCCGUGGAGUCCUUUGACUUCACCGUGCUGAUACACAUCCGCCAGUGUGAUUCCCGAGCCUCGUGGACCACUGGAGCCGACGCCAUCGUCAACCACAGCCGCACCACCGCCGUGUUCUUCUUCUCCGGCGAAGAUUCUGAUUGUUCGGAGCGUGACGAAUAGAGUUAUCAGAAAUUGUGAGUGCGACGAUCUUCAUCAAAUAUACCAGAUUUAAUACGAUGAGUGAGUGAUACGAUGUAGGGUUACGAUGUCUAUACUUGACAUUUGCCUGUGGUGUUGAUGGACUUCAUGGAGAUUUUAUUUGCUUUUCUACUGCAUUUUGUUUGUAUGCUAACUUAAGUUAUGAAGGUAUGUAUUAAAUUAAAUUCUAGAUCUACGAUGUAAUAUUAUGACAUGUGGUUUUAUUUUGA